AACACAGAAGUCGUCGUCGUCGUUUCGUCGCGUGCUUGACGUUUCUCAGCUCACGGUACCAUGACGCUCCCGUCGGCGCACAGCAGCACCACCACCACCACCCUCCGCACCGUGAACAUGGCCUCGGACCCGGGCGCCGCCACCCUCAUCUCCCCGUCGCAGUUCGGCAUCGGAAGCGGCACGGCCACCCUGCGCGCGGUCAGCGUCGCGCCCACGCAGUUCUCCCAGGUGCAGUACGUGAACGGCGCAGUGGACGGCACCGCGAUCCACGGGAACGUGCGCUACCUCGUGCCCGUGCAGCGCGCCUCCGAGUCGUACGUGAUGGUGAACCAGGCGCAGCCGAUGCUGACCCCGGUGUAUGUGUCGAACGUCUCGAACGUCUCGAACCUCUCGAACCUCAGCCGCGUCAGUGUCAGCAGUCUGGAUGAAACCGACCACCAAUUAAACAUCAAUGGUCAACAUUCGGCGGUCUUCAGUCAUCCGUCGAGCCCCGUCAAGAGCCCUGAGCCUCCGGAGGUGCCGGAGAGCAGCAGCAGCAGCGUGAACGAGGUCUCCAUCACAAAGAUUAACGAUGUCUCCAUCGUAAAGACUAACCUGGAUUUCGAAAUCGAACCGGUGGCCAAGCUCGACACGCGUUUCUUCGGCGAGCUCCUCGCUGAGGUCUACCGGAAAAACACCGACAUCUACAGCUGCAUCUCCGAGCACGUGGCCAAGAUGCGUGGGAGAAAACACUUACUGGACCUCGAUUAUAAGGCGGACAAAGAAGACAUCGAACACCUCAUUCCUAAGGGAGGGUCUGAACUGACGAAGCAGCAGAUCCGCUACCUCCUACAGACGCGUUUGACGGCCGAAAAGACCUUGCGCAUGCUUCUGAGCACCUUCAGCAGCCUGAGAGAGGACCUGGUGCACCUGCAGGACGAUCUGAGGCGCCUGGAGGGUGAGAAAGAGCAGCUGGAGAGAGACUUGAGCUUUAAGGCGGAUCAGGCGCAGCAGUACGACCGCCUGAUGGAAAGCGUACGUGAGAACAACCGACAGCUGCAGAUGUCUCUGAAAGAGAGCGUCUCCACCCAGCGCAACCUGGAGACCCAGAUGAUGAGCAGCCGCAGCACCGACUCCAGUAAGGAUUUCCGCAUCAAAGAUCUGGAAAGCAGCAAGCGGUCGCUGGAGCAGGAGAACGAGCUGCUGCGCAAGAAGCUUGUAAGCCAGAGCAGCAGCUCCAACCUGCAGUCCGAGGAUCAGACUAGACAAUAUGAGCAGAUGCUGAAAGACCUGCGAGAGCAGAAGGAAAAGGAGUUAUCGACCAUGCGGACUCAGCUGACGAAGAUCCAGACAGAGUACCAUACAGAUCGCUCCAGUGAUAAGAGCCUACAGCUGAAGAUCACAGAGCUGAUGUCUAAAGUGGAUGAGCGCGACACCACCAUCAGACGCCUGGAGGAGGACAUCAGACGGCUGCAGCAGCAGCAGAAGAGCAGCAGCAGCUCCGGCAGCGUCAGUCAGACCAUCGUUACUAAAAAGUACCAGACCCAGUACCCGAUCCUGGGCCUGCUAAGUGACGAUUAUCAGUACACAUCAUCACCUAUCAAAGAGUCCAAGACCAUCGUCAUCAAGACAACGGGGGAGUCGACCAAAAAGGGAUAUACGACCUAAAGACACAGCAGAACGGGACACAGGAAGAGAAACGAUCACGAGGGCGAUCCUGAAUUUGCACCAGUAUCUGCUAGAUCACCUCCCUCCGUCCUUCCUUUCUCUCUCUCUCUCUCUCUCUCUCUCUCUCUCUCCCUCCCUCCCUAACACCCCGCCCCAUCACCCCUGUCAAAGUCUUUGUUUUGUCCGUGGCUCCAGACACGACAUCAGAUUCACACGCCUGUCCGAUCCGUUUAGAUCCAAACCCGUAGCUUGGGCACUUCACGCUUUUUUUUUGAGCCACCAUUCUGUUCUGCAGCUUCUGUAGCCAUCUAGUGGAGAUGUAUAACGUAAAGACGUAACUUUUUUUUUCCACCAGUAUCUGUAUUGUGUUUUAUUUUCUGUAAUGGAGAACUUUGUAGAACGGGGUGCGGUGUACAUACGUGUCAAUGCAAACCGGUGAUGGGAUUCGUUUGCUAUGUAACAGCAGCAGACGUGUUUUUUUUUUUUGUUUUGCUUGCAUGUGGCAGUGAAUUAAUAAUCUAUUUUUAAAUAAGUAUUAGGAAUAAGAGACUAGAAUAUUUGGGGUUAAGGAGGCUGUUGGUGUACUAAACAGUAACUAAAGCAUGAGAUGGUUGAUUUUUGGUUGUCAUUUUUUGUGUUUUUAAACACGAACAUCUCCUACUUAUUAUUCUUUUUUUUAGAGUAAACCUAAUGUGGCAGCUAAUAUGCAUGUUUAACUGAUUAUGCAAUCAACAUCCAAACCCGGGACUAUACUGUAGCCGUGUCUAAUAAAAUAAAGACAAGCGUUUAAGUAGUUUGAUGUUAAACGUGUCGAUGUUAAAAGUUUCCGUCUUUGGUUAGAUCCUUACUCUGGGUUACAAGUAUCUUUAGACACUUUGCAGCUUGUCACAGUAAAACAUAUCUUUCAUUUAAUCAACAUCAUUUUAUUGAAUAUGAUGGAAUUUUGGGGAGCUCAAGACUUUUGCACAGGAUGGUACAUACACUGUAGACACUAACAUACACUUUCUGGGCACUUUAUUAGGAACAAGCUCCUUCAGCUUUUCAGUAUCCAAUCAGCCAAUCGUGUAGCAGCAGCACAAUGCAUGAAGGUCGAGCACUUCAUUAAUGUUCACCUAAAAAAAAAAACUCUUUGAUUGAGGAUCUCUGGGACUUUGGCAGGAAUUUAAACCUGCCCUGAGCACAGGGUCAGUAUCAGAUUCUUGUUUUCGUCUGACCGGAACAGAACCCGAUGUGGCCUUGUGCUCUGGUACCCUGUAAACCUCAAGAGUCAACAUGAUGGGAUGCUUGAUUGCCAUGAUUGUAGAAUGGUGUGAUAAAUAAAAUAACACGAGAAGUGCCAGUUUGAUCUGACACUAACCAUAAAUAAGCACUCUUUAGAAACAUGGUGAGCAGAAAGGCAUGUCAGAAUACACAAUGUGAUGCACAUAGUCUACAAGAACAGGAAAUUACUCUGGGAGUGAAACAAGAUGUACUCUUGGAGCCCGUUCUUCACAUGGUUCUAUAAGUUGAGAUGGUUUUCAGCUCAGUGUGAGUGGUUAUUAGAGUUACUGUACCUCCUGUCCAUUGCCUUCCUAUCGAUCUUGAACCGUCCUGGUUGCUCUACUCUGAUCUGUUACAUCUUUAAGGCGUUUCCGUCUGGAUAUUUAUUUCCGAGUAGAAAUGAUUGUGUGUAAAAAUCUCAAAAGAUCAGCUUUUAAUUUUUUUAAAUAGACAGGGUGGGUAAAGAUGAACUAGGCAAUAUUUAAUGGCUAUAGAACUUGGAGUAUCACUGGAGUCACAACAACAGUCUCUAAAUAGACGAUAGUAAGUUAGAUUUCGAAUUCCCGUGUUGAUGGUACAGGCAUCGCCCGCGAAGCCAGCACGUGGAACAUAAACAAAGAGGGCCGACUGCUUGAAGUUGAGGAACGAGCUACAAUCGCAGCACCCUAAGAAGUGUGGAAUUCCAUUGUUCUUGUGCCGACGUGGUGGCGUCCAGUGGAAGGGAGGAAACCAACACUACGGCCGGAGACAAUAAGAAAUCGUCAUGUAAAGCUGAUGACAACAGGCUCGUUCAACCAUGCAAGAAGAAGUGGCCGCCCAUUCACUUUGAAAUUUAAAGACUUGCUUUCAUUUUGCUUUGUAAUAAAGUACAUGUACAAUUUGUUUCAAUAAAUGUGUACUACGAA